ACAAAGUGGGUUUCUGACUCAAAAACUAACAAGUCACACAGAGGUGUGUGUGAGAGCGAGAGAGAGAGAAAGCACACACACAUGUUGCCAUCACAGACGGCCAUGUUAUGACUUCAGAGGCAGGUCCUGUUUGGAGAACGUAAAAGGUUUUAACAACAAAGGCAUGACUGUUACCUUGGCAAUAUGUUGUGUGUAGCCCUCCUGCUAGUACAGUUGGCAUUUGCUGCUCAAGGCCAGAAUGCAUCCUCCCUCUCCUCUUCCUCCUCCGCAUCUUCCUCCUCUUCUUCACUGCGUCAGUCGGAGAUGUUUCUGGAGCCCCAGUCCUUGGUGGUGCUUACUGGCCAGUCGGCCCGCUUCAACUGCAGCACGACCGCACCGUGGACCCUCAUGAUGUGCCGUCUGGACGACACCACAGUGAUGGCCAUCUCAGCGGAGAACGGUCCCCAAAACACCCCGUCAUCGUAUACGGCAGAAAACUGUUCCACGGCCGAGAUGUCCUGCUGGGGCCUGGUCAUAGAAAGGGUGAUCCGCAGCAACUCAACGCAACCCCACCAGCUCGUCUGUGAAAUUCUGGAUGGACCAAAAAUGACGGCUGAGUUGCACAUCCAAGAAAAUGGCAGCGUUGUGGUCACCGGCGGAAACACGUCCGUGGCCAGUGGUCAGAUGGUGGAGUUCCAGUGCGAGGCCAUCGGCUGGUUCCCCGAGCCCAGUGUGGAGUGGCUCCUGAGCGGCCAGCCCGUUAGCCGCGACUCCUUCAACACCAGCAGCGAGCUGGACCGGACCCGGGUCCCCCUCUACAGCACCACCAGCACGCUGGUUCUGGAGGCCCGGCGCGGCGGCAGCGUAGAGUGUCGGGCGUCGGUGUCCGCCAUGGCCGCCCCGCUCAGUGCCAGCACGUCGCUCAGCGUCCUUCAAGUUAAGGACGACACUGCGGUGAUAGCUGCAGUCUCCUGUGUGGCGGCCAUGCUCCUGAUAAUCCUCAUAGCCGUCUGCAUAACACUCUACCUCAGGAGGAGAGGCUUAAGAAAAGAGUCCUCUAUUCCCGGGACUGAGAGGAUAGAACACCGGAGCCAGCAGAAUUCUGUUGCCGAGGAGACGGAGGGCAGAGAGAAUGCUGGGUACUCUUCAGAAGGCAGCUCAAGCUUUGUUGACACCGAGACCAGUGUUAGCGUGCACAGUCGGAGGACCUCUGCCAGCACCGAAGAGGCGUCCGCCACCAAAGAGAUGCCAGAUGUUGUCCCUUCACUCUAUAAUACGAUCUACUACAUCUCCCUUGGCGACAAGAGCAUUAAGAUCCCAAGAAGCGUCACUACAGUGUGAACUUUGACCGUUGAAUACAGUCAGCUCUUGUGUAUGUGUGUGUGUGUGUGUGUGUGUGUGUGUGUGUGUUUACUUUGUAUUGUAUGAUAAUGAUGCCACACCACUGUAAUGCUGACAUGACGAUACUUUGCACCAGGAGGCAAGGACUGGACCGACCAUCUCACUGGUGUGUUACUAUGGGGAAUAUAGCACCAGAAGUCAAGGAGUGAUCAUCUCACUGGUGUGUUACUAUGGGGAGUAUAGCUAAUUGUGAAAAAGAUCCCAUCAAACUAUUUGGUGAUCCCCUUCAAUCCCAUCAAUACUAAGGAAAUAUAUGAAACACAGUCCAGUAGCCCAAUCCCUGCUGUAACAGCAUCAAUUGAUAUUUUAUUACAUUGUAUUAUGUCACACAACAAUAACACCCUCCUGCAUUUGUAUGCGAACAAUAUAUAAUUCUAUUUAUUCUAAUUUAUGAAGCCUCUCUCUCUCUCUCUCUCUCUCUCUCUCCUUCUCAGAAGCAGUACAGUUUGGUUUCUCCGCUUAUGAUUUAUUUACUUCUUUUGUCAUAAUAUUUGUUCUGAUAUUCUCAUGUCAUUUUAAAAAUGUUUUUCCUGUCGUGAAUGUUACACAAAUACAAUAUUUCUGUUUUUUGCUUU